UUAAGAUGUCGAAAGUUCAAAGGAUAUUCACUGGAGAUAUUCCCUUUCUGCAACCAGGGCUGUGUGUUUCUGCAACAAGGGCUGUGUGUUUCUGCAACAAGGGCUGUGUGUUUUUUCUGAUUCUCAUCAUGCAGUAGAGAAGUUUGACUGUGGCCCAAUGUGAUGUUGGAGCGCCGUCUCCUGGUGACAGGGUGCUCAUUCAUUCUGUGUGUUUCCUUCUCAGUUCUGUGUGCAGAAUGUGCUGAGGUUCAGUAACUCUAUGAAUGUAAUCUGUCUCCAGAAAGCAGCCGCUGUGUUUGCAGGCUACUACCAGAGCAGCGCCCCUGGGAUUUACCUGACCCCACCUGUGGUCAACUCCUUGUUGUCGGUCCUCCUCAAGGCCGGUCUCGUCCCCGACAUCGUCCACGUCCUUAAUGUCUGCGCCGCACGCAAGAUCCUGCCCAGCCCUGACUUUCUCCUGGCUCUGUUUAACCAUGUGAGAGAGAAGGCAGUCCUAUCCUUAGUGCCUGACCUCAUGCACCUCACAGCCAAGAUGGUAGACGCGGGCCUGGCUAUCAAUAUGGACGACUGUAAGCGCAUUCUGUGCAACAAUGAGCUGCCUUCACCUCCGAUGGACACCCAGAUCCCUGCGUCAGCCCUCCACAGGUCUCUUAUCGGUAAAACGACAAUCUCUGACACCAAGUACCUGGCCAACGCCAUCCAAGAGGUGGAGCUGUGUGCUCAGCAGGAGGACUGGUGCCGCUUGGGGGCAGUCUUCAGGUCGGUGUGCCUCACCCUGAAAGGCCUGUCUGAAUUACAGCACUUCAGCGGCUGCGUCGCCAUAGCGUUGCUAACAGAGACCAAAGACAGACUGGCGCUGCCCUUUGCCACCUUUUCUUACACCGUGUGUCAGGAGAACAGUGGAGAUGGUCUGGUGAAGAGCUUCCUAGGACGCAUUGGAAUCUCGCUGAUGUUCAGAUACCACAAAAACCAGCAGUGGGCCAAGGGCCAGAGGCUGGUGGAGGUGCUGACCAGGAUGAAGGUGAACUACUCCACCCUCAAGGGCUUGUUCGGGAACGAGGACGGGGUGUCACGCUGCCGCCUGGUGUCCAUGGCAACGGAGCUCUUCCUCCGGAGCGGGAGCGUAGAAGGAGCUCUCAACACGCUUCGAGAUAACAAGUGGUUCCUGGGCUCCAGCCUGUGGCCCUGUGAACCCACUGAUGUCAUUGAAAGGACCAACAUGUUGGUCUGUCUGGCCAAGAAGACCUCCCACAGAGACACCCUGGAGGUCCUCACCAACCUGCCUGGCCUACAGGAGCCCACUGACGUGGGGAGCAUGUCCCAGUACGAGAGCCUGUUCAACUCCCACCUGAGCGUGUGUGUGGAGAGACAGACCCUGCCCGUGGCGGCCGACACGCUGGACUUCAUGCUGUCCAAGAGCCUGGCUGUGGAGCCCCCUCUCCUGCACACGCUGCUGCACAAGCUGGGCAAGCAGAACGUCUGGCUGCGGGCGCGGAGCCUCUUCAAAUGUUCGCUGUGUGGAGGUUACUACCCAGGCGUGUCAGCCGCGCCUGGUUCCCUAGCCCUGACUGUCCCCUGCUCUCUGGGAGAGAUCGAGAUGGCUCUGGCCUUCGAGAUGUUCAUCACCCUUAACGCUGCCGCUAUAUUCAGCACCCCAGACCCUCCCGUCUGUCUCAGCAUAAGUCUCACAAGGACACUCGACUGUGAGAGCGGGUAUCUGUCUGCGGGUAGCCGUCUCCUCUCUGCUGCCAUCAUCCCCAACCCAAAGCUAACGGUCCGCUACCGGGCGGUCAACUCUUCCAAUGAGCAGAUGUUCCUGCUGGACACGCCCUCAGCCCGCCGCUGGCUCCAACAGAACCAGUCCUGGGCCAGUGAGGUGUGGACACAAACCACCUAACAGCUCCAGAACAGCCAGGGCCAUCCAACCAGCUGUAUUACUGUCCUGGGCACACUUGAUUCCAGAACCCCCCUGUGUGUUCCAGGAAUACCAGGAACGUUUCAAAUCAGGGGUAAAAUGGGGUCUUGGUGUGUAUGUGUGCACUUAUGAGUGUGCUUACGUGACACUAGCCAAUAUCAAGCUACUCUAAUUGUAGCCUGAAGCUAAUAGCGGUUGAACUCGAAUCAGAAGAUCGAUGCCAUGGAAAGACUGACAUCAGAACUUGUAUACAAUUGUUUGUGUUUUUAUGGCCAGAACUGUGUGUUGUUGGGGUGUUAAAAGAUCCAAAAAAGCAUUUACUUUUCUUGUUUUGAGUUGUUAGUUCCGUAAUUUCAGUUUAUCUCUAAAAGCACUUUGUUUAAUUCUAAGGAAGUUGGAUUUGAAAUUGGAUUCUAGUGUUUUAGAAGCAAAGUUAUUUUGGAUCACCCCCAGUGCAACAUUAGUUUCAGAUCAUAUUUUUCAAAUGACUUUGAAAGGUAUUUUCUUUCAGUGACCACAUGUUUAUCCUCAUGAAUAUGGUAUUAUGCUUGUGUGUUCGUCCAAAAAAAAGAAAUUACGUAUUUUCAUUUCCAAGUGUACAACGUUACUGUAAAACC